UUAAUUCAUUUUACUUUGACAAAGGUUGGAGUAUGUAGUCCACUGGGGGCAAAGACAAGUGCCCCUCUCUCUUUGAUCACAUCGCUUUAAACAUUUUUCAGCUUUAAACUUGUCUUACAAAUGAACUAUAUGUGUCUAUUAACUGUUUCACUGUACCUGAUAUCUAACACGAAUGCACCUUGAAAAACAGCAGAAGCAAGCACAUUUGUUCAAGUCCUGCGAUGGCUAACUCGGCGACUCAUCUCCUGGCAAAUGAUAGUCAUAGUUGUAGUUCAUCCAUUAGACUGGAAAAGGCACGAUUCCCAAGGGGCCUUGGUGCCUUUUCCAAUUCCCGGGAGACCCUGCGAGCCUCCGCGUGUGGUGCCUGCGCCCCGGGAGCGGUCCUGCUAAUCAGGUCAAUGAUUAGCGCCUGGCCCCAGGGACAGGACAGGCGUCUGUCACAGCAGUUAGGGAGCCUUCACACGGAGCCCUCUUACGGAGAACCUCCCGUUCAGAAACAUCGCUUAGUCCUCAUUUACUCACUGGGAACCUCGGAGGAUUUCAGCUGAUGUUUUUCUCUCCCCUUAGACAGUGAGGAGCUCCACAUAAACAGGGGACAAGAGCACAGGAUGCAGUUACUUGGAGGGUGUUGAUUGAAAACUUCGAUCUCCCCACCCCAUUCACGGUUCAUUUGGCUGAUUGUCUCACCUCAUUCACAGAGAAUAUUUCAAUUAAGGUAAGUGCUGCUUUAUCUGGGCGACUGCAUCGCACUGAAUUUCUGCAUUGAAAGUUCUAACUGACUAAACUGACAUUCUGCACUGCAGCAAGUGACUGUUGUUGUCAGGAAAAAAAGCUUAGUUUAUAAGCAAGUGUCCUGGAGAGAAAAAGGCGUUUGGGGUAAUGAUAUUUCAGGGCAAUUUCUUGUGAAAUAUAAUCAUUCUGCCUUGCACCAGUAGAAAAUAAAAGGGAACAUGAAAAGAGAGUUAAUUUCUCAUUUUGCCUUUUUAGUAAUCUAUUUAGAGGACUGUGCAGUGCCAAGGUCCCUUUAGAUGGAAUAUAAUACAGCAGAAAACUUUUCAUCAAAAGGAUUAAUGCCUGCAUUAUCAUUUCUGCAGUAAAACAAGAAACUAAGUGGUGACCACAGAGACCUCAAACCUGGAUUCCACAAUUCUCCAUUAAGUGCUGGAGUUUCUAUCACUCUGCUGUAGGAAAGCCUUUGCCAAUGCUUACAAGGAACUGUUUAUCCCUGCUUCUCUGGGUCCUGUUUGAUGGAGGUCUCCUAACACCACUUCAACCACAGCCACAGCAGACUUUAGCCACAGAGCCAAGAGAAAAUGUUAUCCACCUGCCAGGGCGAUGGUCACAUUUCCAACGAGUUAAACGUGGCUGGGUAUGGAAUCAAUUUUUUGUGCUGGAAGAAUAUAUGGGCUCCGAGCCUCAGUAUGUGGGAAAGCUCCAUUCCGACUUAGACAAGGGAGAGGGCACUGUUAAAUAUACUCUCUCGGGAGAUGGCGCUGGCACCGUUUUUACCAUUGAUGAAACCACAGGGGACAUUCAUGCAAUAAGGAGCCUGGAUAGAGAAGAAAAACCUUUCUACACUCUCCGUGCUCAGGCUGUGGACAUAGAAACUAGGAAGCCCUUGGAGCCUGAAUCAGAAUUCAUCAUCAAAGUGCAGGAUAUUAAUGAUAAUGAGCCAAAGUUUUUGGAUGGACCUUAUGUUGCUAGUGUCCCAGAAAUGUCUCCCGUGGGUGAGUAA